AUGGACUGUUUUAGUUAUUCUAGCCCAGCCAGCCAGCCAGACCAGUCAGCCAGCCAGACCAGUCAGCCAGCCAGCCAGACCAGUCAGCCAGCCAGACCAGUCAGCCAGCCAGCCAGCCAGACCAGUCAGCCAGCCAGACCAGUCAGCCAGCCAGCCAGACCAGUCAGCCAGCCAGACCAGUCAGCCAGCCAGCCAGCCAGCCCAGACCAGACCAGACCAGACCAGUCAGCCAGCCAGCCAACCAGCCAGCCAGACCAGUCAGCCAGCCAGCCAGACCAGUCAGCUAGCCAGCCAGCCAGACCAGUCAGCCAGCCAGCCAGACCAGUCAGCCAGCCAGCCAGCCCAGCCCAGACCAGACCAGACCAGCCAGACCAGUCAGCCAGCCAGACCAGUCAGCCAGCCAGCCAGCCAGCCCAGCCCAGACCAGACCAGACCAGUCAGCCAGCCAGCCAGCCAGCCAGCCAGCCCAGACCAGACCAGACCAGACCAGUCAGCCAGCCAGCCAGACCAGUCAGCCAGCCAGCCAGCCAGCCAGACCAGUCAGCCAGCCAGCCAGCCAGCCAGACCAGUCAGCCAGCCAGCCAGCCAGACCAGUCAGCCAGCCAGACCAGUCAGCCAGCCAGCCCAGACCAGACCAGACCAGACCAGUCAGCCAGCCAGCCAGACCAGUCAGCCAGCCAGCCAGCCCAGCCCAGACCAGUCAGCCAGCCAGCCAGACCAGUCAGCCAGCCAGACCAGUCAGCCAGCCAGCAGGACCAGUCAGCCAGCCAGCCCAUCCAGCCCAGCCCAGCCAGCCCAGCCAGUUCUUUAAAAAAAAAAGCUAAUGCUUUAAUAGAAAAUAGAAAAUUUCUGUAA